AUGCGUGCCCGUCAUGCGGGGUUGGUGCACAGUGUCAAGCUUGACAGACUUUCGGAAUCUACCAGACCAUACCGGCCGUACAACCGACGAACUACGGUAUACAACCUUUCUUCGCACAGCGUCGACCCAGCCGAGGCCUCGGUCCUAGAGCUAGGUCUGAAUUUCAAUGUUGCACCUGCACCUGACGUGCGAAAGGUUGUGUGUGCGGUGGAGUGCGCGGUUAACCAAGUUGACCCGUCCCGCCGUGACGAGGCUCGCACCCGCGCCAUUGGUGUCCUUUCUGGUCUGCACCGGAGGAAGUUUGUUUCCCCUCUUUCCGCUGAGGAACGAAAAGCUGUCAAGCGUCUUCAGGCGAACACUGCAAUCGUGAUCCUUCCCGCCGACAAGGGGAAUGCAACAGUGCUAAUUGACACGGCUGUCUACAAAAACAAGAUGUUGGCUCUGCUUAAUGACCAGGACACUUACGUCCGGCUCACUCGGGACCCGACCUUGAAGGUUCAGAGGGACUUCCAGACUCUCCUGGCUGACGUGUUCCGCUUCGUAGCUCCCGAGCGCAAGUCUUUGUAUUUCAAGCUUCUCUGUCAUAACGGUGCUGCACCUGCACUUUAUGGCCUGCCAAAGGUUCAUAAGCCUAACGUCCCCCUACGUCCAAUCGUCGACUACACUCGCUCCCCUCUCUACAAAUUGUCCGCAUACCUGCACCAGCUUCUGGCUCCACUCGUCGGGAAGAGCUCCACGCACGUGAGCAACUCCUGUGACUUUAUUGAAAAAGUUCGUGACGUGUCUCUAGACGACGACGAGGUGAUGGUUUCGUUCGACGUGGUAUCACUGUUUACCUCAAUUCCGACUGACUUGGCUGUGGAAGCAUGCACCUCUGCUCUGGAAUCUGACAGGACCUUGCCAGACAGGUCGCCCAUUGACGUUCCCGACCUCAAGAGGCUCCUCUGUUUUUGCCUUGGAAACACGUACUUCUGUUUCGACAAGGUCUUCUACAGGCAAGUCCACGGUACGGCAAUGGGUGCAUCCGUCUCUGUUACUGCUGCCAAUCUUACGAUGGAAUGUUUGGAAAGGCGUGCUCUCGCGUCCUUCAGCCCUAGGCCAAAAGUUUUUCUGCGCUAUGUGGACGACUGUUUCUGUCUGAUACGGCGCAGCGCUUUGGAUUCGUUCACUGCGCACCUAAACAGUUAA